ACAACAUGGUGGUCAGUAAAGAUAUCAACAAGCCAAAGGGAACAGUUAUUGGAGUAGACCUGCAGUACUUUUCUCCAGUAGAUGGUGCAACCAUUUUACCACAGAGUGAUUUCACAACCGAAGCAACCCAGACCAAAAUAAAAGAUCUACUUUGUCAUCAGAAAGCAGAUGUUCUACUCAGUGACAUGGCACCAAGAGCAACAGGCCUCAGGUCACACAAUCAUGAAGCAAUAAUUGAACUCUGCUUCUAUGUACUCAGAUUUUCACUUGUGAUACUGAAGCCAGAGGGGACAAUGCUGUGCAAACUCUGGAUGGGUGGUGAUCAAAGUAGGUUAGAAAAGGCUAUGCAGACAGUAUUCCAACAUGUAAGAGUUGUAAAACCUGAAGCUAGCAGAGAGGAUUCAGCAGAAAUAUUUUUGCUUGGUAGAAAGUUUACAGGAAUUAAAAACUGAUGUUGGCGACAUGAUGUGCUACAGGAAUUGUUUUGAUAUUGAUAAUAUAUUGUGCAGUGUUGUGAUACUUGCCAGGUUGUUUUUUUGUACUGUUAUUUACAAAGUAAACACUUUAUAAUAUA